AUGGCGAACUCAAGGUUUGAGUACGUCAAGUCUUUCGAGCAGCCGGAUGUGCUACUCCCCAAUACCUGGAUAGUGGUCCGCAUUGAUGGACGAGGAUUUCACAAACUGUCCGAUCACUACUCGUUCGCCAAACCCAAUGAUCGUGGUGCGCUGGACUUGAUGAAUGCCGCGGCAGUCGAGGUCAUGAAAGAACUUCCAGAUCUAUGCAUUGCCUACGGAGUCAGUGACGAAUACAGUUUUGUAUUCCACCCUAACUGCCAACUUUUCGAGCGACGCAAUGGGAAACUAGUAACCACCAUCGUCUCUACGUUCACAGCCCACUAUAUCUAUAAGUGGAACGAGUAUUUCCCCGGGAAGCCCCUCCACCCUCCGUAUCUACCCUCUUUCGAUGGGCGUGCGGUCAUCUACCCAAGUAAUCGCAUUCUACGCGACUAUAUGAGCUGGAGACAGGUUGAUUGUCAUAUCAAUAACCUCUACAACACUACCUUCUGGACAAUGGUGCUUCAGGGUGGCAUGAGCAACACAGAUGCAGAGCAAGAGUUGAAGGGCACUGUGUCUGGAGACAAGAACGAGAUUCUCUUCAAGCGGUUUGGUAUCAACUACAAUAACGAGCUGGAGAUCUAUAAAAAAGGCACAGUUCUUUAUCGCCAGUAUGAGCUGGAAGAACCCAAGUCUGCAAAAGCUAUUACAGACGAAGAACCACAGGUGGCUCAGGAAAAGCAGUCAAGAUCACAGCAAGACAAGAUUCGGAAACUGCGCCGGAAAGCACAGGUCGUUGUUGACCAUGUCGAUAUCAUCAAAGAUGAAUUCUGGGAGAAACGGCCGUGGAUUCUAUCAGGCAAUCCGGGAAAACUACCAGCCUAA